AUGAAUGCAAUGUGCUCGACUCAUCCAGAAGCCACUCGCAUUGCUAUCUGUGGGAAAACUGUCUUCCAAGAAGCCAUCGUUGGUGCUAAAAAGCACAGGGCUUCCAGCUCCCAGGCCGAGCCACAGCCAGGGUGCGAGUCCGAGAGCAGUGAGUGGGCGAUUCUCAGGUCGCCCCUGGAGUUAGGGUGCAGGGCCAUCACAGGUGAACAGGCAGGUUUUCUUGAGUACACAGAGCAAGAGGUUUAUGGCAUGAUCCGUGGCCGGGUCCGCAUCCAGAUCCCCGCCGAAUCUCGCGCCGCCCUCCCCGCGGCCCAGGUCCCGCGGGGACACCUGUGGUGUGGACGGACAGCCCGCGGGGCUGGUCCCGGUCCCGGGGGACGUGGCUGCCCGGCGGGGCGCUGGGCCGGGGUCCACGCCGGCAGAGGCAGCAGGCUCAACAUACUGUUGACGGGCAUGGACCCGUUCUACUUUCACGUAGUGAACAUGAUCCUUCACUGCCUGGUGACGCUCGUGCUGAUGUACACCUGUGACCGCGCCGUCUUCAGGAGCCCGGGGCUUGCCUUUGUGACGGCCUUGCUGUUCGCUGUGCACCCUGUCCACACCGAGGCGGUGGCUGGGAUUGUGGGCAGAGCUGACGUGUUGGCGUGCCUCCUGUUCCUGCUGGCCUUUCUCUCCUACACUAGGAGUCUGGACCAGCAUGGCGCUGGGGGCCGCCUCCCUCCUGCGGCUUCGCCCUUCUUCCUGCUGCUCAGUUUGCUCCUGGGGACCUGCGCGAUGCUGGUGAAGGAGACGGGCGUCACAGUGUUCGGAGUGUGCUUGGUUUACGACUUCUUUUCCCUCUCCCACAAUCAGGACAAGUCGAGCAAUGGGGUCCUCCAUCAGCGCAGCCCGAGGCACCCUGGGGGCCCCCAGCCAGCCUCCCCUCCAGGCCAUGCUCAGCAGGAGAACGGGAAGCAGCGGAUGCCCCACAGAGGAGCUUGGGGUGGCUGUCACCCCGCGCUGCCACCAGAACCCAAGAGCAGUGGCAUCUCAGUGUCUCCGCGAGCUGCGUGGUCCCUGAUGAGGUCUCUGACAGCAAGCAGCACUAGGAAUUGCCUGCUUACCAUGAGGCCAUUUUUUAAAAGGGCCCUUUUGGUCGUGAGUUAUGUCACUGUCAUUUUGUAUUUCCGUCUGUGGAUAAUGGGAGGAUCUAUGCCCCUCUUUUCAGAGCAGGAUAAUCCAGCUUCGUUUUCGCCUUAUAUUCUUACAAGAUUCCUUACCUAUUCCUACCUCUUGGCCUUCAAUGUGUGGCUUCUGCUUGCACCUGUUACUCUGUGCUAUGACUGGCAGGUUGGCAGUAUUCCUCUGGUGGAGACGAUAUGGGACACGAGGAACUUGGCCACUGUCUUUCUGGCGGUUGUGAUGGCCUUACUGAGCCUGCAUUGCCUAGCAGCUUUCAAGAGGCUGGAGCACAAGGAAGUCCUCGUGGGCUUGUUGUUCCUGGUGUUCCCGUUCAUUCCCGCCAGCAACCUCUUCUUCAGGGUGGGCUUUGUGGUGGCCGAGAGAGUCCUUUACAUGCCUAGCAUGGGCUACUGCAUCCUCUUUGUGCACGGGCUGAGCAAGCUCUGCGCGUGGCUGAAUCGCUGCGGAGCCACCACCCUAACUGCCUGCACCGUGCUGCUGCUGCUGCUCUUCUCUUGGAAAACUGUGAAACAGAACGAAAUCUGGCUGUCAAGGGAGGCCCUGUUCAGGUCUGGGGUUGAGACUCUGCCCCACAACGCCAAGGUGCACUACAACUACGCCAACUUCCUGAAGGACCAGGGCCGGAACAGGGAGGCCAUCUACCACUACAGGACCGCGCUCAAGUUGUACCCACGCCACGCGAGUGCGCUGAACAACCUGGGAACACUGACGAGAGAUGCCGCAGAGGCGAAGCGCUACUACCAGAGGGCCCUGCAGCUCCACCCGCAGCACAGCCGUGCGCUGUUCAACCUCGGGAACCUCCUGAAGUCCCAGGAGAAAAAAGAAGAAGCUGUUGCCUUGCUGAAGGAGUCCAUCAAAUAUGGCCCAGAAUUUGCAGAUGCGUAUUCCAGUUUAGCUUCCUUAUUGGCUGAGCAGGAAAGAUUUAAAGAAGCCGAAGAAAUAUACCAGGCUGGAAUAAAGAACUGUCCAGACAGCUCGGACUUACACAACAACUACGGCGUUUUCUUAGUGGAUUCUGGCUCCCCAGAGAAGGCGGUGGCCCACUACCAGCGGGCCGUCACCCUGAGCCCCGGCCACCACGUGGCCAUGGUGAACCUGGGCAGACUCUACAGGUCCCUGGGCCAGAACAGCGUGGCUGAAGAGUGGUACAAACGAGCCCUGCAGGUGGCCCGCAACGCCGAGACCCUAUCGCCCUUGGGAGCCCUGUACUACAACACUGGCCGCUAUGAGGAGGCGCUGCAGGUGUACCGAGAGGCUGCGGCACUCCAGCCCUCGCAGCGGGAGCCGCACCUGGCACUGGCGCAGGUUUUGGCGGUCAUGGGUCAGAUGAAAGAAGCUGAGAAGAUGACCGAGCACAUUGUGUCGGAGGAGGCCGGGUGCCUGGAGUGCUACCGCCUCCUUUCGGCCAUCUACAGCAAGCAGGAGGCCCACGACAAGGCACUGGAAGCUAUAGACAAGGCCCUCCAGCUGAAACCAAAGGACCCCAAAGUUGCAUCUGAACUUUUUUUCACAAAAGGCAACCAACUAAGGGAGCAGAACCUUCUUGAUAAAGCUUUUGAGAGCUACAGAAUGGCCGUGGCCCUGAACCCGGAGCAGGCGCAGGCCUGGAUGAACAUGGGAGGGAUCCAGCACAUCAAGGGAAACUACGUGUCCGCGAGGGCUUAUUACAAGAGAGCCUUGCAGCUGGUCCCAGACAGCAAGCUGCUGAAGGAGAACCUCGCCAAAUUGGAUCGCCUCGAGAAGCGACUGCAGGAAGUUCGAGAGAAGGAUCAGACAUAGCACUGUCCGGCCCAGUCCCGUAGGACAGUGCUGGUGGCUCCGGAAGAGACGGGGUGAUGGAGGCCCGGCUGCUGCAUCCACAGAGCACAGCGUGUGAGGCCUCCUCUCACAGCGAGUUCGGGGCGCACAUCCCGGGCCGUCUGCCCUUGCCGAGGGACUGGCAUUGCUGUGAAAGACGAAAAACGGCAAGGCAGGACGUUCCGAGAGGGCAGAAGACAGCAACUGCAGAUUUUACAGAUUCUCGUUCAGUCUGACUCCCCGUUUCCCUCGAUGACAUUUCUGUGCUUUUGCCUCCUGGAGACCUAAUGCCAUUUCUUCAUUAGACUUUUAUGUCCCAGUAAUGCAAAGGUAUUGAAAUGCAUCUGUUCUUUGUGGGAUGAGCUAUUUCAAAGAGGAUAAAUCCUCUAGGUGAGCCCCUGGGGAAGGUGUACCAAGUGGAGGCCCAGUUAAUUCUCCUGAACCAGAAAUAGGUAUCUAAUAGCUUUUGUACAACCACACAGAAUAUAUGAGAAAAAGGGCUAUUGUUGAAUGAGCUUUAUCUAAUGUCUCCCUAAGGAUGCUACCGGAGACCUUUUGAGGAAUAAAUGAAAUUCUGCGCUGGUGCACGUCUUCCCAGUGCCUCAUACAGUGAAAGGGAAUCUUCUGGAGUUGUACAUGGGUAUCUUCAUCCCUGCAGGAAAAGCAAGGAGCUUGAUGCCCCUAAUGUUUCAAAUCAUAAGUUUUGUUACAAAUAUUACUAGAGUAGUGGUUCUACUCUAAGAUUUCAAAAGUGCAUUUAAAUUCAGAAACGUUCCCACCUUCAAAUAUAUUGUUAUUUUGGUGGAGAAAAAUAGUAUAUUCUACAUAGAAAAUAUUAAAGAUAUUAACUAAGAAAUGUCCUACUUUAUUAUAUUAAUGUUUAGGCAUCAUGAAUUUAUUAUUUUUUUGAAAAUAUAUUUAAACAUUGAGGAAUCUACAAUAUAUAACAAAAUCUUCACAGACUAUAACUAGAGGGAAAGAGCUCUAUUUAUUUGUCUUCCUAGGCUUAGUGAGAAUUGUGUACUUAAAACAAGUGGUUGAGACCUGGCAUUUGUCCUGUAUUUAUAAUUUUGGAGAUUUCCUGGAGAAUACUAUAAAAAUCUGAGGAAGAAGUCUAAAUUCGUAAUUUUAAAUAUAUACAUUUGUAUUUAAAGGAUAAGGAAGGCAAAGUUAAACUCACAAUUUGACAUCUAUUUUUAGGUUAUUUAUUUCAUAACUUAUAAAAUAUUUAAUAUAUACAUACUUUUUUUCUCUGUACAUAAUGGUUUUAAUAGCAGCUUCCAAAACUAAGUAUGUAAAAUACAAGUCUAAGUUACAAAACGGUUCAACUUGAACAGUCCCUAAAAACAUUGUACUGAUUAUUCACCGCUAAAGUUAACAGAAUUCGGGAUCAGCCUUCGGUGUUUAGGUGGCAGUGUGUUUUGGAAGCGAAGACAUUGGAGCGCCUGGUUGUGACUUGGUCCUGGUCAUUAAAAACAACCGCCUGGGAAGGCAGUGUGUCGCCUGAGGGCGCACGGGCUCCCCCUGCUGGUCAGCUCGGGGAAAAUUUCCCCUCACCCGUGUCAGGAAUGUUCUCCUCCGUGUUACUCUUGUUAAAGGGAAGAAAACUUUUGGGAAAGAAUGGCGGGGGGAAUGUUUUAAGUACAAAUGAUGGCAGAAUUUGAGGUAGCAUGUAUCUGUUGGUUCUCUGCAUUAGUAAUCCAGUAGCGUACAUAUUAUUACUCCAAUGACCUAAGUCUUCCAGUGUUAUAGACCUUAAUUUGUCCAAAGUCAUACUUGCUUCUCUCUCAAAUUACAAUUCUAUGGCCAAAACCAAAAAAUGCAAUAUAGUAUUUAUUGUCAAGUAACCCCCUUCCCCUAAAUUUAAAACCCCUUGCUUCAAACAUUCAUUAUCUAUGACUUCUGUCACAGCUUUUCACAAUAGUCUGUAACCAAAACUCCUGCUUUGGAAAUUAAUGGAAGAGAUCGAGCCUCAAAUUGUGACGUAAUUAUGCCUUAUUUGUAGUGCCGCUGAGGUGCGCAGUGUGUACUCGGUGGGUAAUCAAAAUGGCGAUUACGGCCUAAACAUUUCUGAGGGGAAGAGUCACGUGAUUUGCAGGAGCCUUUUUCAGCUUGCCUUGAGGUUUCUGCCCCCCACCCCCUUCAUUCGUUCUCCCUCUUUGUGUCUGUCUGUCAUCCCGCUGUCUGUCUCUCCUCUGCGUCUGCCAGCACACACCAGCAUCUCCUUGAACGUUAAAAGUAAGCACUGUUUUAAAAGGAACAUGGUUCGUUGGGUCAGAUAUUUUUAUCCUUCACAGAAAUGAACCCAGUGAAAUAGUUUUCUCAGCUGAAAUGGUGCCUAUAACGAAAUAAAUCCCAUUCCACUUUUGAAAAGCGUUAAGUGUAUCUUGUACCUUUUUAUUUGGUCCUUGUAAUGUGAAAUAAUCAGUGCAGUUCAUCCUUAUAGAAAGAAAAGCAGAGCGCCCUGGCUGGGCACGGACGGCCCAUUGUGCCCUGGCAGACGCCUGUGUCUGAAGUGCGGGCGCGGGGCUGGCCUCGCGGUGGGCCCUCUGCGCCGUCUGUGUGGCCUCCACAUCCUGCUGUCUGGGCCUCCCUCCCUCCCUAGGUGCCGUGCUCUGCCUGAAUUCUGAAUAAUGCUGAGAUAAGGGCCUCAGUUUCACUUUGUGUUACAUCCUGGGAUUCUGUAAGACGUUGUGGGUUUGAAGGAAGGUGGACGGAGGAGUCCCUCGGUCCUGGCUGAACCCUUAAUUUGACGCUCAGUGUCCUUUGUGACGUUACUGUGAGUGGCGGUGUUUUCCUCUGCUCCAGGUCAAGUUCAUGCAGAUUGCCUCCACCUCCUCCCAGCCUGUCUGCGCUGACCUUACGUCCUGUGUCCCACCCAUUCUCAUCUGGUAGUGAUCAUACGUGGCAGUGUAUGUCCUUUGACACAUGAAAAUGGCUUUAGCAGUGUAUUUCAUCUAUUUUUUAUUCAAAAAUUUCAAAUGACUCAGAUGUUUUUGAUUUAUUAAUGAUACUCACCAAACUUGAUUCAGUGCUGUAACACAGAUGAAUGAAACCAAAGAUACAGAUCCCUUGGAGGGAAAUAAAAAUUUUCCUUUAGGAAAUAUGGAGAUGAUGUAGUCCUGGCAGGCUGUUUACCGUGAAGCCUGUCACAAAACCAGGAGGAUUAUUGCUGGGGAUGUAGCUCAGCAGCAUAAGCGCCUACCUGGCAAGCACAAGGUCCUGAGUUCAAUUCCAGGUACCAAAAAAAAAUAAAAAUAAAGCAAGGAGGAUUAUAAGCACUUUAAUUCCAACUCCCUGAAGCACUUCAGAAUCCUUAGCAUAAGCUUUUGAAAUACGUCAUAGACAGUACUGAGUUUGGUACAGAAUUCCCCAGUACUUGGGCAGCUGCUUUCAGCCAGACCCAGUGAGAACAUCCAGACUGACCCGCAGGAACUCUAAUCUGAGGGAGAAUUAACAGCAAAGCUGUUGUUUCCUAGUCUCUCUGUUAGAUGUUCUGGGUUGCCCUGGUGGCAGAGCUGCGUGAGGCUGAUAAGGAGAUCUGUCACACACAGUGGCUCUCGAGCUUUGGAAACACCCAUGGAGACUUUCAAAAUCCCAGCUUCCUGGCUGUCCCAGUGACAGUUUCAUUGCAGGGCUGGCCGCUUUCAUGGCAAUUUAUGAUUAUUACGGAAGAGUUGUUUACAAUCUUUUGAAGUUUGUUCUUUUAACUAGUAGACUCAAAUGAGCCAAAGACUUGGAAAAAGUGAUUUCCAGCACGAUGGGUUGGCUUAAGGCUAUCAUUCUGUGAUUGACACGCCAGUGGCUAGGGGGUGAUUUUGCACUUGCUGUAACCAGACUGACUCUAAACUGGCCUUACAUUUCCGCACAGAAUUCUUAGUUUUGCUGAUGGAGAGGCAUUGCCCUGCCAUUCACACACUAGACACAGGGCCCAGUAUUUAAAACUGACAUUUUUAUGAAUUAGAGAAGUUGUCCAUGGCAUAGCGUUCAUAGCUACGCUGGUGUCUUUCUGUCUAACACAUACAUGUGAGCUUUGGUUAAGCAUUUCUUUUCUUUCCUUCCUUUCUGUCCUUCCUUGCAUCCUUCCUUUUUCUUUUCCUUGUAGUGCUAGGAUGGAAGCUUGCACCUCCUAAGGGGGGUGAACACAAGCUCGACUGUGAGCUACACCUCCAGCCCUGUCAGUUAUUUCUUAACUGUACUUACUAGAAUCAGUUUGGGAAGAGAGAAAUACACAAACAGAAACAUUUGCCUUGAUUUAUGGCGGCCUCACCUCUUGGAAGUCUAGAGGGCAUUAGUAAUGGCAUUCACAGCAAGAAUUUAGAGGUGGUCCCACCCAGCCUGUUUACAAACUGCAUUCACUUUGAUUUGAUGGUAAGUGGGUAGCUCCCACAUACAGCCAAGCAUGACUACCUAAAUGGCAACUUUUUCUAACACCUAAGAAGAGUAUAUUGUCAGAUCUUGCAUUUAGGCUGCAAGUGAAAGAAAGUUUAGUGUACCAAGAAACUAUAGGGAAAUAGUACAAGUUUUUAUGGUCAGUCUUAAUGCUUCAGAUACAAAAUAAAAAUACUUUGAAUAGUUCCCAAAACAGCAUUUCCCUCAGUAUUUUUGUAUAAGCUCUUUGUUCUGAAGAAGUAAAAUAAUUAAGUAAAAUUGUAAGGUACUCAUAGCAACCAACCAGUUCAUACCAAGAUGUUCCCCUUUUUUUUUUUUUUUACCAAGGGUCUUUUCAAUUAAAACCCUUAGGGCUGUAACUCAUAGAAUCAGCACCCAUCACAAUACAUGGUCAUUAUCAGUUUGGGAGUUUUGCUCACCAGUAAUUCCCAUUGGUGAAGAGGUGUCAACCUGCAGAGAUCCAGGACCUUCUUCCCAUUGUUUGUGUGCACCCACUGUCUGCUUGUGUCGUGUGUGGUAGAUGUCGGUCUAUGUACUGUCCUGUGGGGAUCGUUCAUCUUGUUGAUACGAGGGUGGGACCCUAGUCCAAGAAUCAAGACAUCUAGCUCUGCCCCCAGAGAGCUGCCGGUGUCUCAGUCCAGUCCCUCAGAGCACUGGGUGGCUUCCGGGUCCCGCUCAGCUCUAUGAGCCUCCGCAGAGGGGCUUGACCUCCGGGUGAACAGUGCUCUGCACGGAGGAGGGGACCGGUGAGGUGCUGCUCUUUGUUUAACUGAUCCUCAAGAGGAUCACUGUGACAGAACUCAGAGGCAACCUUGCGAUUGCUGCACUGCCCAAGUGCUUUCCCGUGGUAGAUAUGAUUGCUUUUAUUCUGUAGUCUGUGCAUUUGGAAAUUCUUAUCGAUUUGGUUACUUUAGUGGGGGAAAAGAGAGUCCUUCCUCUUAAGGACUGAAAAGGUCUGUAGAAGCCGCCUCUUGCUUUGGUAACGUGGAAACGAUUGGGUUUGCUGUGACUCCCGUAGGGCCGGCCCUCUCGUUGGCAGGGGGAAAGGAAGUGAAUCGUCAUCACCCUUGUUCACAGCGCUCUUAGUUGCUGUCGGAACCAUUGUAUGUAACUGUGCGCUCUCAUGACUUUGCUGUUCCAGUGAGAAAUUUGUGUCCCAUAAAGUGUUCCUCCCAUGAUUAUGUGUACUUUGCCUAGGUCUUUCCAAAGUAAAAUUUAUGUAAAUGUCUAUUUUAUAUAAAAUAUGAUUUUAAGAGUA